AUGAACUCGUACGCCAUGCACGAGGGCCUUCGGCCCAGCGAGUUUGGCAGCACCGACCAGCUCAGCACGCCAUACGGCGGCAGCACCGACAAGCUGCAUAGCGUCCUCCAUGGGUCGGCGGGCGGCGCAGCACUGAGCGAGAAGGUGCCACGAAAGAGCAGGAAGCCCAUGUGGCUCCUCAUCGGCGGAAUCGCGACCACUCUCGCCAUAGGCGGCAUCGUUGUUGGUGUCCUGGUGGCCAAGAACAUCAUCCACACGAGCAACCACAACAAGGCGACCGUCAACGACACGCCUGCCGCGGCCUCGGCGUCUGCAUCUAGCAGCAGCGUGGCCGCCGGUGUCGACCCGACACACACAGCAACGAGCGCGACUGCAAAAGCGACGUCCAAACCCACUAGCACAAAGACGUCAACCAAAGCAACCGCCUCCCCGACGGCCGGCGCCUGCUCGACCAAGAAGGAUAUCCCCGCUUCAGUGCAGGGGACUUACAACGACCCGACGACGUGGCUCGACAUGACCGACUUCAACUGCACCUACACCUCCGAGACCAUAGGCAACCUGUCUAUUGUCGGCCUCAACUCCACCUGGGACGACUCGAAGCAAGCCAACCCCAAUGUGCCGGCCCUCAACAAGCCGUGGGGCUCUUACUCCGAUAACCCCAUCCGUGCCGUGAACCUGGGCGGUUGGUUCUCUCUCGAGCCCUUCAUCACGCCUUCGCUCUUCAACUAUCCGGCCGGCGCCGGUGUCUCGGACGAGUACACGCUCUGUGCUCAUCUCGGCCCCGAGCAGGCCGCUGCGACGCUCGAGAAGCACUAUGCCACGUUCAUAACCGAGCAGGAUUUUGCCGACAUUGCUUCCGCCGGUCUCUCCCAUGUCCGCAUCCCCUACUCGUACUGGGCCGUCACCACGUACCCGGGCGACCCGUACGUGCUCGGCAUCUCUUGGCGGUACCUGCUGCGUGCCAUUGAGUGGGCGCGGAAGCACGGUCUGCGUGUAAACCUCGACCUGCACGCCGUGCCCGGCAGCCAGAACGGCUGGAACCACAGCGGCCGCUCCGGCAACAUCAACUGGAUCAUAGGCACCGACGGCAACACCAACGCGCAGCGCUCGCUCGACAUCCACGACCAGCUAUCCAAGUUUUUCGCCCAGGACCGCUACAAGAACGUCAUUGCCUUUUACGGCCUCGUCAACGAGCCCGGCAUCACCAUUCCCCAGAGCAAGCUCUCCGACUGGACCGCAUCGGCCGUCAAGAUUGUGUCCGACAACGGUGUGGCCGCUACCCAGGUCUUCAGCGAGGCUCUGCGCGGCCUGCCAGCUUGGCAGGGCAAUCUGCAGGGCCAUGGCAACGGCCUCGUGGUCGAUGUGCACGAGUACACCAUCUUCGACACCAACUUGAUUGUUUUCGCCCACGCCAAGAAGGUCGACUUUGUCUGCUCGACCUUUGUGGGCCAGCUUUCCGACAGCAUCAACACGGACACCGGCUUCGGCCCCACGAUGGUUGGCGAGUGGUCCCAGGCCGACACCGACUGCGCCCAGUGGGUAAACGGCGUCGGCAACGGUGCCCGGUGGACUGGCAACUUCUCCGGCAAGGCCACGCCUGCCUGCCCGACCAAAAACAGUCAGUGCAGCUGCACCAUGGCCAACCAGCCGGUGUCCAGCUACUCGGACGACUACAAGACGUUCCUUUUGACCUUUGCCCAGGCCCAGAUGUCUGCCUAUGAGACCGCCUGGGGCUGGUUUUACUGGACCUGGAAGACGGAGAACGCACCGCUCUGGAGCUACCAGGCCGGCCUGCAGGGUGGUUUCAUGCCCCAGGUCGCAUACAAGCGCUCCUUUAACUGUGGCGGCUCCGCGCCGAGCUUUGGCAGUUUACCAGAGUAUUACUGA